GCAUUAGCACCAGUGGCCUCAAAAAGAAAAAAAAAAAAAAAGCAUCAACACCGACGCGCUCCCCCGCCCUCCAACCAGUUACAGUGCGCUCCGUCUCUCUCUUUCUUUUCUGGUACAAUCCCAUACAAGCCGACGACGAACUCCGCGCUGGCAAAAGAUUCCCUUGCCUUUACCCCCUCCUUAUCUUUUUUUGCCUAACAAACCCUAAAACACUAAUCUAAUUUCUUCUUCCAAUCACCGUCCCAGCCAUGUUUCCUGUUUUUCUUCCACUUCUUCCCCUACCACUCCUUCGUUAAUUCUUCUUCCUUUUCUUUUCUUUUUUUUCCUUUUUUUUUCCCCUUACUGAUGGGCUGCGCCAGCUCCAAGCUCGACGAUCUCCCCGCCGUCGCGCUCUGCCGCCAGCGCUGUUCCUUCCUUGACGAAGCCAUUCACCAGCGCUAUGCUCUUUCCGCUGCUCACAUAGCCUAUAUUAACUCCCUUCAAUCUAUUGGCCAUUCCUUGCAUCGUUUUAUUCAGGUGGAUUUCACCACUUCUUCUUCCCCUCCCUCGUCUCCCGAGCUAAAUCUUCCUCCUUCCAAGAAGGUCGAUUCUGUGGCCACUGCCACUGCCAAGCAAGUGGAUACUUCUUCUCCUUCGCCCCCUCACCACUCCCAUUCCAAUUCUGGAUCUCAUCUUCACUUCCAAUCCGAUUCCGAUGAAGACGAAGUCGACCAUGAAUUGGAUUCCCUUCAUUAUUCUGGCCACUCCUCGCCCCUGCACGCCCAUCCUGACCCUCCCCCGAUCAAUUACAUUGGCCAUUCAGAUCGCCCGGGUCUUUCUUCCUUUCCAGGUGGAGGUUAUAUGCACAUGAAUUUCAUGAAGAAUAAAGCUACAUCUUCCGUGGUGUUUGAGCAGAAGCCUAUCAGCCCCGAGACUGUUUAUAUGGGCGAAUCCUCUUCUUCCUCCUUUUUCCCUUACCCGUACCCCGGUAUGAAUCCUAAUUCUUCUUAUUCCUACAGUGGAUAUUCGACUUAUGGCAGUGGGGGUAAUGGGUAUUAUGCUUCUUCCUCGUCGCCGCUGGCUGCUUCCACGUCCAAGCCACCACCUCCGCCAUCCCCUCCGAGGGCUUCAACUUGGGAUUUCAUCCAAAGUCUCAACUUUUUUGAUAACGAUGAUAGAUACGAUACUCAAUACACACCAAGUCGGGACUCCAAGGAAGUGAGAGAGGAAGAGGGCAUUCCUGACUUGGAAGACGAGGAUUACCGACACGAAGUCGUUAAAGAAGUGCACGGGGAUCAAAAGCUUGUGGAUGGUGGUGCUGGAAAUCAUUCGAAGCCCUCCGACAACGACGAAGUUGACAGGACGGAGGCUUCACUAUACCAGACUGGGCCGAAUGUUUCGAUGGAGAAUGAUGGGUUGGAAUAUGAGGUUCAUGUGGUAGACAAGAAAGUCGUUGAUAAAGACGAGAGGUCUAAGGAGCGAGGUGGAGGUGCUGCAUUCCGAGGCCGAAGAGGCACACGGGAUGCUUCUGAAGUAGCCAGAGAGAUUGAGGCUCAGUUCCGGAGGGCAUCUGAGUCGGGCACCGAGAUCGCAAAGAUGCUUGAGGCGGGAAAGCUUCCUUAUAAUAAAAAGUAUGGCGCUUAUCAAGCAGCUUCUUCCAAGAUGUUGCAUGCAGUUGCUCCCUCAUUGUCCAUGGUGCCUUCGCAACCUUCUACUUCUAAAAAUGCUGAACCUACAUCCACCAUUGGCAAGGCUGGUCCUAGUAACUUGGGUUUUGAUGAUGAUAUAAUGAUGCGAUCACGCAAUCUUUCUUCUACAUUGCAGAAGCUUUAUCUUUGGGAGAAGAAACUAUAUACUGAAGUGAAGGCCGAGGAAAAGAUGCGGGUCAUGCACGAUAAGAAGUGUCAUAAGCUGAAGCGUAUGGAUGAAAGGGGUGCUGAUUUUCACAAAGUUGACUCGACUCAAACAUUAGUAAGGAGUCUAUCCACAAAAAUAAGAAUGGCAAUUCAGGUUGUUGAUAAGAUUUCUAUGACGAUAAACAAGAUCAGGGAUGAAGAGCUGUGGCCUCAGCUGAAUGAAUUAAUCCAUGGGUUGACAAGGAUGUGGAAAUCCAUGCUUGAAUGCCACCGUAAUCAGUGUGAAGCAAUUAGAGAAGCCAGAAUCCUGGGUUCCAUUGGAUCCAGAAAGAAGGGUGGUGAUGGUCAUCUUUUAGCCACAAAGGAGCUUGAACAAGAGCUUAUCAAUUGGACCUUCCAAUUUUCUAGCUGGAUUAGUGCCCAGAAAGGAUAUGUUAGAGCAUUGAAUAAUUGGCUUCUAAAGUGUCUCCUAUAUGAGCCUGAAGAAACGCCUGAUGGUAUAGUCCCCUUCUCCCCCAGUAGAAUUGGUGCUCCUCCUAUAUUUGUGAUCUGUAAUCAGUGGUCCCAAGCAUUAGAGAGAAUAUCUGAAAAAGAAGUUGUUGAUUCAAUGCACGUCUUUACGAUGAGUGUGCUUCAGAUAUGGGAACAAGAUAGGCUAGAAAUGCACCAGCAGUUGAUAGUUAACAAGGAUCUUGAGAGAAAAGUCAGAAAUCUAGAUAAAGAUGACCAGAGGAUACAGAAGCAAAUUCAGGCAUUGGAGCGGCAAAUGGUUCUGGCAUCAGGUGAAGGCAAGGGUCUCUCAGUUUCUGAAAAUAUUAUAUAUCAGAGUGAUAAAAGCAGCAGCCUCCAGGCUAGCUUGCAGCGCAUUUUUGAGGCUAUGGAGAGAUUUACAGAGAACUCUGUGAGAGCAUACGAGGAGUUGCUACGGAGAAGCAUAGAGGAAAGAGCUGCUCGAGAGCAUGGAACAGUUUCAUAGAGUGGCAUGGUUUGAUGGAAUUUGGAACUACAUCUUCUAUCAUGAAUAGAAUUGUGUUGACUUCCUGCUAAUAGCUAUCCUCUACAAAAAUAUGUGGGGUGGAGAAAGGUUUGAUCUGAAGUUCACUUAUUUCAGUAAUAUAGGCACUGAAUAGCGUUCACAGCCUACAUACAUUUUAGAUACUGGGACGAUGAACUUCAAUAUGGGCAUAAUGAAGAGACAGGGAGGAAGACCGAGGCCAAAGCAUUCAAGGAAAACAGGUAAACCGCACCAUGUGACGUGACCGGAGGGAAUCCUCCGAGGGAAGCUGUCAGCCUGCCCUGCGUCUGAAUUGUUGAUGUUGCUUGUUUAAGGGUAAAACUCAAGAGACGUUUGCAUGGAGGACUGAGUUAUAAUGUCCUUUACGAAAUUGGCGGUGCGCUGGCUUUGUGAUGACAGUGAGUGAGUGCGACUUGUCGUCCAUGCGAGAAACCCAAUGAGAGCAUGCAAUGGGCCAAAUUAGACGAGCGAUUCUAUGAAAAGUCUGACGCCUGAUGAACAUGGUUGACUCGGGGCCCCUUGGAGUGACGCAAGUCGUCAGAGUUUCUAGGUGAUAGUUAUUCAACUAUUUGUUACUUUGUAUGAAGAUAUAUUCCUUCCAUAAAAUUUCACCGACUUUAAUUGUACAUAUGGCCCUUUGACUUUGACACUUAUUCUGGAUAGUGAAUAAAGGUUGUUAUAUUGGA